AGAAUCGAAGACUACCAAAUCCGCGUGAAUAUUUCGCAGACGAGAAUGAAUUUGCGUCAAAAUAUUUGCCUGUUACUGACUCUGCACGGCUUCGUCGUAGGCAUUGCGUCAGCGCCGACCAGCAUAGAUCUUGAGAAAAGUGAGAACACCCAGAAGCCGUCAGACGGUGAAACGGAACUAAAAGAAGAACCAAAAUCGGAUCCUCGAGCUUUGUCAGUCCCGUUUUUGUCCUCGAACGACUCGCCAGUAUCAGGAUCAGGGCUUUCUGGGCUUCCUGGUGUCGGCUCGAUGACUUCCGGGGCGAAAAUGUAUCUUGGGGCUUUCCAGGUGAUGGCAAUGCCAAUGCCGAACCUGAGCGAAAUGGCCGGAAUGCUCGGGAAUCUCGCUAAUCUUCCCGCGUCGAUAUCCAGCAUCGGAAAUCUCGGCGGACAGAGCAGCGGAUCUUCGAAUCAGGGAUAAAUAUUACACAGGUGGUCAGAAAAAAAUUUAUUGCUUCGAGUUUUUAUUCAGAUGAAUAAAUUUCGAUUCUAUACAUCGAACAAUAACCAAAACCUUUAUUUAAUACUUAUAAAGUUUGGAUCCGUCUUUUUUACGGUGAUAAAUAUGGCUUGAAGUUUUUGGUUGGUAGCUGAUAUUGGUGUCUGUUCGGAAGAAAAGGGAAAACGCGUUUUCACCGAGAUGCGAUGGACUUUAUCGUUAUUAACGUUAUUAGGAGAAGUUUAAUGAGAGCGUGAUGGAAGAUUAUGUUUGGGGUUUGAUACGAGAAAGUCCGUACAAUAAUAGAAGUUCAAAAAAUAUUCAUUUUUAAACUUUGUUUAUCAAUUCUUUUACAUUUGCAUUUCAUUAUUAGUUAUUAUUUCUGUAUAACAGUGAUUUAACUCUGAAAUUGAAGUUUGUUUAGUUGUUAUUUGCAAUAAGUGUUUGAGAAGAUAGGUCAUUUUUCUUAAAAUCUGAAACAUCGUUCCGGUAUCUAAAAAAACAAACCUUAUCUAAUAAAACUGUCUUUUCAUUUAUCAUUUACAUAGAAGAAAUCGAAAUUUGGCAUCUAGAACCCAGACUCAAAAUUCGUGUUCACCGUGCU